AACAAGCGCGACGGGAAAAAAAUACCCUCGUCUUUAUUGUCAUCCGUGGGAGGUAAAUUCCAGGCCUUGGGGAUAAAAUGGAUACAACAAAAGGAGAGAAAAUGAGGGAGUGGUGAAGGACUGCGAGCGCUCCACGCCUCGCGGGUUUAAAAAAAAUGAAGAUGAACCCCAGAAAACCAUAGGAGGGUGUAGAUGAAGGUGUGGAAGACGGAGAGUCAAGCAGAUAUUUUUGCGAGAUCAGGUGGGGGCUCAAUAUACGAGAAGUUAUCCAAGAGCCAGACGAAACCGCAAAACGCCAUGCCGUAACUAUUUAAAGCGUUCACAUAAGGGACUGAUAAUCUGUUAAAAUUACAAUGUUCUUAAACAAAACUAAUCAUUUUUAAUUAUGCAACGGUAACAAUUUCUGAGGAUAAUUAAAAAAAAACAACAACAAGCUACACUGAAGAAGCGGCUUUAUCCGGAUUUUAAAACAUGAUUCAUAAUUUUAAAUUACACUUGUUAUAAAAUUCUCCUUUAACAGCUGAAUUUUUUACAUCAUCGGAUUCAGACUGAUACUGGGAUCAAAAGUUAUUUUCUCUGCGUUGGAAGACUUGUAUAUGAUUGAAACGCCGUUUUAAUGCGCUGGGAGUGUGCGUAGGUGAGAGGCUCUCAGACUGACCACAUGGCCCAGAGCUCACAGCACCACCUGGAGGAAAUUACCUGGAAUGAACUACCGAGUGCUGAAUCGGCGCCGGAAUUCGAACCCGAGGCCAUUGUUUACCUACUUGGCUAACAAAGGUUGAACUCGGAAUAGCUUUAUUUCUGAAGGGUGGAGAGAAAAUUAAAGUGGAAAUAAACCAGAACCUGACGGAGAGCGAUUGGGAAUCACACGUAAUGUCCCCCCUGACCCAUGAAAUAAGAAGAUAUGUCAGUGUAUGAUGGUACACUAUAAUAAGGUACUGAUUAAAGCUAACCGUUAAGGAUACCUUCCAUUUUAAUUAUUGUUCUUGUUCAUGUUUUUGUCUCCACGCUAGGAAUAUUAUUUAUGUUUAUUUAUAAUGUAUUCCACGCUCAUUGCAGGUGAUUAAUUACUAAAAACGAGCCCCUGUUAUUCACAUCCAAUUAAUACAAAAAACGUAAAUUAGUCUUUAGUUUAUUUUCAUAAUUUACACAUUAAUCAAGUUAAACUUCAGAUAACCCUCACGCAGGUGGUUCUGAUCAACAAUUUGGAGAGCACGUCUCCUAAAUAACCGGAGAAUUAAUCAUCACGGAACCGUAUAAAAUACCCAUACGCGUGCUGUAUGUGUAGUGUGGUAUUAAUAUGCAUUGAAACGUAUAUGUGCAUUCAUAUGCAUUCUUGCCAUGUAGCAGUCAUCUGUUUAACGUUGGGCCUCGUUAAAGGCAGCUGAUUUUCAUCUUUUAAUAUAUGCUGCAAAAGGUCGUGCGAUUUAGGUUGAGAAAUAAACCAAAAUCGCGAUUCUUAUUCGAGAAUGUGUCUAGCGAAGUUAGUAUUAAUCUUUCUUCGGGCUGAUCUUCAGACGCUAAAUUAAAGCUGCUCGGUGCCCAGUAAGUGAGGAUGCCAGAUGAUCGGUGCAGAACGGAUGUCCCCAGAGACGGAGUCACGUGAGCGUCCCUGACACGCGACGUCAGCGGCAGAUGGCAUGGGUACCAGCCCUGGCAGUUGGCAUCAGUGUCAUUUCUCAAAAGGGAGAGAUAAGGGGCCGGGAGGAAGAGGGAGAGUACAACAGAGUCUCACUGACAUCUCCAUCGCGAGGCACUGGGGCUGGUGUUUAAACCUGAACCUUUAUGGAACAUGAAAACACACAGUCCAGGACAAUGCUGACCGUACCCUUCCAAGAUCCCGAUGCCAUGCAAGACGGCCAGUUCGGCGCAAACUUCACACGUGAAUACCAGGCUGACCGCAAAGUCCGAAAGCAAGACGCAACUUCCCAAAAGCCGGAGGCGGCCCCCAAACCAGAAGAAAAAGAAACACAGGAGGACAAUUCUGAAAAGGACGAAGACGACAGAGAGGAGGACCAAGACGAAAACGGGCUACCAAGAAGGAGGGGGCCUCGGAAAAAGAAGACCAAGGGCCGAGUAGACAGGGUCAAGAUGCGACGCCAGGAAGCCAACGCCCGGGAGCGCAGCCGCAUGCACGGACUGAACGACGCUCUGGAGAGUCUUCGUAAAGUCGUGCCCUGUUACUCCAAAACGCAAAAGCUGUCCAAAAUCGAGACUUUGCGCCUGGCCAAAAACUAUAUUUGGGCUCUGUCAGAGACUCUCAGCGCCGGCAAGAGACCAGAUCUUCUCGCCUUCGUGCAGACCCUAUGCAAAGGACUGUCACAGCCCACUACCAAUUUAGUGGCGGGAUGCCUGCAGCUCAACGCCAGAAAUUUUCUUACAGAUCACAAUGGGGAAGGGUCGUUCCCCGGCAGGCCCCCCUAUGAUGCAGUAUACCCGCCCUAUCCCAGCCCAGACAUGGGCACACCCGCAGGGCACGGCAGCGGCACCAUAGACAACGGAAAACCCUUCAGAGCGUACGGGUACUGCGGUGCGUACGAGUCGUUCUAUGAGAACACCUCCCCGGAGUGUGUGAGCCCCCAGUUCGAGGGUCCGCUCAGCCCGCCCAUGAACUUUAAUGGGAUUUUCUCCCUCAAACACGAAGACACAUCAGACUAUGGCAAGAACUGUCACUACGGUAUGCGUUACUGCGCGAUGUCAGGCCGGACCCCCAUCGGGCAGACCUCAAUGUUCAGGGUGUCAGCCGAAAGCCAUUUCCCAUACGACCUGCACCUGCGCAGCCAGCCCUAUGCAAUGCAGGACGAGUUAAACGCCUCUUUUCAUAAUUAAUGAGAGAAAGUGAAGGUUUGCCAGGUAAUUAUUGAAAAUAUUUAUGUAUUUGUUUGUUUAUUUAUUCACUUGUUUGUUUAUUUGAAGCGCAUCUGAAUUAUUUACAGUAUGCAUAGUGUUUUACUAUAGGUUUGGUUAAAUCUGAAAUCGCAGUGUAGCCUAAUUAUUGUUUUAGCCUACAAAAAAAUUGUAUAUGAAUAAUUGGUCAAUUUUUCCCCUUUAUCCACGGACGCCGUUAUUUAACUGACGUGUGCACCCAGGUAAUUAAAGAUUCCCUAACCUGGGUUAUUACGGAUAUCGAUUGCAUAUAUUUGUAAACGGAAUGAUUAGUGACUAACAGUCCAAGGUCAGGCGUAACCCAAUUACGACAUUCUAUUGGGUAUUGUUUUCUGUAAAAGUUAAACUCAUUCUUACUGAAACACAGUCGGUGCGCACUUUGAAUAUUACCAGAAGCCCAAGCAAUAAUGGCAAUACCAACUAUGCAACACCGAGCGGCUUUGAGUUCCCCUCAUUUCUGCGUUAUCGCAUUAUUUAGCGUUCAAGGUUCGUUAGAGGGUUAAUCCUACUCUUCUCAAUAACUAUUUGGCAAACAGUUUUCAGUUUAUUAAUUACGGAAUCCAAAUACGUUCCGUGUUAAUGUGAAGACACAAGUGUGCACAGGAGAAUAGAUAGAUAACGAUUAAAAGUGUUUAAAUGUUACAUUGAAUAAUGCGUUACAUUUAAAACGGUGUUUUAAAUUAAAAUGAAUUAAUGUGAUCAAAUUAUCCGGUCUGUUGCUACUAGUUAUUUUUUAAGACAGCAUGUCCUUGGAGAAGUGUCUCCCGGUUUUGAUGUGCAGGCCAAAACGCUUCUUGAGGAUCGACCACACACAUUUGCACGUCCAAUGGAAUCAAUGCAUGGACGAUUUUAUUUUAGAUGUCCUCAUGUCAUCAGUUUGGCGGCGCAAAACCGUUUGUACAUAGCCGUACCGUUUACAUGUAUAUAUACAACUUGGAUACACCGUAUGCUUUGUAGCUGUUUAUAUAUGCAACUUUUAUUUUUUUUGUCCCAUUUAGUAUUUACAAUGGUACGGAUUUUAGUGUUUAUUUAUGUUGACGUAUUGUCCUUAGACAGUUAAAUCAUGUUUACAAGAUUACAUGUCAAUUGUAAGGAUGAAACCUGUGGAAUAUAUUCGAUGAAAGUUCAGACUUCGUCUCCUAAUUGAAAACGGUUAAAAUCGCCUUAAUUUAAAUGAAAUAUUCGGCACGUAUCAGUUAUGCAACGGCAUGAGUGUUGGAAAAACGGCUUUAGGCUUUGUACAGUAGAUUAUUUUGAUCUUUUAUGAUGAAAGUUUUCGUGAAGAAAAACCCAUAAUGCACUAAAUAUUUGUUCUGCACAUUUGUAUUAAACUAAGUUGUUUUGUAUUGCCAAACGAAUAAUAAAAUGCCAAGCAAAACUCAA